UGUUGCUCUUUUAAAAUAAGAGCAUUUAUUGAAGUUAUUUAACAAGUACACAUGUAUUCUGACGCUCCAAAAUCCAACUUUUGAUCAAUAAAAAACCUUUUAGUGGGGGGAAACGGGCAGCUGUCCGGGAGCAGGUGGAUUCGUUGUUCAACCGCAGACUUGCAGCACCAACUCUGCGCAGGCUUUAGGACCGCGGGAAGAGUUGAAAAAGAGGACAAGUCUGCGCACCUCUACAAGUCCAGGGCUCGUCUUGAAUUUGCCCAGCCUGCCUGUGACUCCUGUCCAAAGUCUGCAGCUCGGUUGGAUGUGACUACAGUCUUCCAAAUGCUCACCAUGUUGCUCUAUCUGCAGUUUGGACGACUCGUGCCAAGUUCCAAAACUUUGGAGAAAUGAAAUUCACUCCAAAGUUGAGUCAAAGCUGAAAGAAUGCGUAAGUUGGGUUGAUUUCUGAGCGCUGUGGCCUCUGCCUAACUUCAGCGAUGAGCCUGUGGCUCAGGGCUCCGGCUGGCCGGAGGAGGAUGCUCUGCCUCUGGCUGCUGCUGCUCGGUCUCGCCCUGUUCACGCUGACGCUUUCCGAGCUGCUCAACAGGAAUCGCGACCUCGCGCAGCUCCAGAAGCCGGCGCGUCCCCGUCGGCCCCUCCAGCGGAUUCCCGGCCCGCCGGAGCUGGAAGUCAUCGUGGACUCCCGAGACCCCGCGCUGGAGAUCGGAGCGGAUCUGGCUCCGCUGAAGUCUCUCCAAGAAGACGAGCUGCUAUUCGUCCCGUCCCUCCUGAGCACCAAGAGCCUGCCGCAGAGGAAACGCGCGUACAAGAUGCUCCUGCCCGGAGCACCGAAGGACGCAGGCGCAGCCAGGACGCAGACGCUCGGUGAAAUGGGCAAAGCUGUGCGUCUGCCCCCGGACGGUUUGCAGACGGACCUGGAGCAGACAUCGGUGCAGAAAUACGGCUUCAACGAAGUGGUCAGCGAGAGAAUUUCGGUGCAUCGCAAACUGCCAGACGGGCGCCAUCCCGAGUGCCUGCGCGAGCGGUACAGCGACUCUCUGCCCACCGUCAGCGUGGUUGUUUGUUUCCACGACGAGGCAUGGUCCACGCUCCUGCGCACCGUGCACAGCGUGCUGGACACGGCCCCCAAGCGGUAUCUGCAGGAGGUCCUGCUGGUGGACGACCUCAGCCAGUUUGGUGAGAUGCAUCCAUCCAUCCAUCCAUCCAUCCAUCCAUCCAUCCAUCCAUCCAUCCAUCCAUCCAUCCAUCCAUCCAUCCAUCCAUCCAUCCAUCCAUCCAUCCAUCCAUCCAUCCAUCACGUGUCUUAUGUGUCUCACCUGGACGGGGUUCGUCUCAUUCGCAGCACCAGGCGCUUGGGAGUGGGAGGGUGUCGCACCCUGGGUUCUGCCAGGGCAACAGGGGAGGUGCUGGUAUUCAUGGACUCCCACUGUGAAUGCCAGAAUGGAUGGCUGGAACCUCUACUGGACAGAAUCGUCCAGGACAGGACCAGAGUGGUGUCUCCGGUGAUGGACGUGAUAGACUGGCAGACCUUCCAGUAUAACGCCACCCAGUGGCCAGUCCGGGGAGUGUUUGACUGGAGACUUGACUUCCACUGGGAGGCGAACCCUCAAUUGGAAGAGAAGGACCCGGAUACGGCUGUUCGACCUGUGCUGAGCCCCGCUUUAGGAGGAGGAGUUGUGGCCAUUGACCGACACUUCUUCCAGAGUGUGGGAGCCUAUGACCCCGGAAUGCUGCUGUGGGGGGCGGAACACGUUGAGCUGUCCAUCAGGGUGUGGUCGUGCGGGGGCUCCAUGGAGGUGGUGCCUUGCUCCCGGGUGGCUCACAUCGCUCGCCGCCACCUACCGUACGUCUUCCCGGACCAGGAUCUGCUCCAGAGGAACAAGAUCCGUGUGGCCGACAUCUGGAUGGACGCGUACCGGAAGAUCUUCUACAGGAGGGACACGCUUGCUCAUUUCAUCAGACAAUCCGAGAGCCCCAACAUCACGGAGCGUCUGCGGCUGAAGAGAUCUCUGGGUUGUCGGAACUUCCACUGGUUCCUGUCCACGGUGUACCCACAACUCUACGUGCCCCAGGACAGACCCACACUUUCAGGCGAGCUGUGCGGAUUAUCGCGGAGGGCCGGAGGGGCAGGGCGGAGCCGUGAGCCUGGCACCGUGCACGGGGACCGGCAGCCAGGUAACCAUGACGACGCGCUCACCCGCGAUGAAGGUUGUCGGGUCCUGCGGAGCGGCAACGAGGGUCUGCUCCUGUUGCAGCACUGCGACCUGAACUCUGAGGGUGAGGUGCGAUGGGGGCCCUCGGGGGCCCUGUGCUUUGACACCAGAAGAGACAGGGUGGUGCUCUCCCUCUGCCCCCCCCGCCGACCACCCGACGUCAGACUCCAGUGGAAGUUCAUAAAGGCAAGGCAGAUCAUUAAACGUCUGAGCGGCCAGCUGGUUCACCAGCAUUCCCAGUUAUGCGUGGAGGCCGUGAGAGAAGGGGGUCCGGGAGAAAACUCCAGCAGCUCCGGGGCCGCUGGUCUGUACCUGCGCCAGUGUUCACACCAGCCCAGACAACAGUGGCACUUCGAGCAACUAGUAGCCCCCAAAGGCGCCUGAAGCAGCACACCUCACAUCCGUAUCGAACGCAGAACUAUUCAGAACUACACAUAAUUUCUUUGUAAAGGACGAUAAAAGAUUGGCGCAGCUAUAUUUUUUAUGUUCAAACAUUAAUAGAAAGACUUGAACUAAGGAGAAACCCAGGUUUUUCAGUUCUACAAAGUGUGAAAUUGUCUUAUUUUCAACUUUGUUGUUCAGCAUUCUUAUUGACAGUUCUUUGGGUUUUUUGAAGGAUAAUUCAAAGCUCUUCUUUGGGUGUUGGUUGCGUUUUGUUUCAUUUUGUCAGGACGAUAGCACACUACUGCUGUAAUGUGGUUCAAAUUCCGGGGAGGAUUCAUUAAUAACAGUUACAAUUAAUUUUAGUUUCUGUGUCCUUUGGCAUGACUGAUCUUUUUCUACCAGCGUUCUGGCUUCAGGAGUGACCUCUGUGAGUACAGUGAACAGUAAAUGAGUCAACUGGAUCAGGUGCAUAUCUUGUUUGAGGACCUUUUUCUGAUUUUUCAAAACCCUUCAGAGAACCUGGAAAACCACUGCCUGAGACCAAUUUACAAGACUACAAGAAAGCCUGGAAGUCCUGGAAGCAACAUAUAUAAAAUGAAAGAUGACUCAAGUCUUGCACAGUAGUGUAAACUCUGCUUUUUCUAGAGGCAUGCAAUCUGGCCUCACCAGUAUGAAAUAACAGAAGUUGUUUUUAUCCACUCUACAGCUUGUUUUUUGUUCCUGUUUUAAGGAUAAAAAAUGUAAUUAACUAUGCUUAUGAAUAAAGAAUGUAAUUAUCUAUCAGGAGUAUGACUGGAUAUAUUUUGUAGUAGAUGAUGAUAAUUUAGAAUGAACUGUAUUUAAACUAAAAUGAAAAUAAAUAUCGAAAAUAAUUAA